AUGGUUUCGUCAAUGAAGCAGUGCAGAGAUGAGACCGAUGCGCCCGCGUCCCUCACCCUCUCGCUCUCCCUCGGUGCCGUGGCCGACCGCAGCAAGAAGACGCGCCGCGGCGGCGCAGGCGGCGAGUUCGUGUGCAAGACGUGCGGCCGCUCGUUUCCGUCAUUCCAGGCGCUGGGCGGCCACCGGACCAGCCACCUCCGCGGCCGCAACGGGCUCGCGCUCGGCCUCGCUGCCGGGUACGAUCAGCCGGGUACGAUCUGCGGGCUCGAGUUCGAGAUGGGGCAAGCGCUUGGCGGCCACAUGCGCCGGCACCGUGACGAGGCGGUCACCACCACGGCGCACGCACCGCCCGUUCUGCUCCAGCUCUUCGUCUAG